AUGGAGGAAAAUACGCUCUUGCACCUCGUUUCGUUCGUUGCAACACGAGCCGAGGUUUUAUCGCUGCUCAUGGCCAUCCCGUCAUCAAUGCUCUCACCACCGCUCAUGGCGCUACUUGGCCUCUUGCAAGGCCCACUGAGUGACGAAAAUCGCAACCAGUGGCCGCGACCUUGCUUCGAGUCGUUGGGUCCGUGGUAUCUGCCGCACCUGCUAACCGCCAUCCCCGCCUUCGACACGGUGUGCAUCGAGCAUCCCUUUGGCUUUGAGAGCCUCUGUGAGAACGCAAGUGUUCCCGGCUACACCAACAAACGCGCGUUUUUGAGUUUUCUCGUGAAAUGGCCGACCAAGCUCGGCACGCUCACUAUCACUCGGCAGCCGACACCCACCGAUGAUGACGAGCUCGUCCGGCUCUUGCAUACCUGCACGCGGCUCGACGAUGUCCGCCUUGACGUGACGUGGCCGCGUGCCGGUGAGGUCCUCGCACUUCUGGUGUCGCCACGGUUCUGUGUACGUCGCUUGGUGAUCGAAGAGAUGGAGUGGGACCACGGCAACACCGUCCUCGAUCUCACGACAGCACUGACGCCGUGGCUGCGCUCUGGUCAUGCCACGUCAUUGGUGUUUGACUACAUCACGAGUAGCUUGGUCGAAGGGCUUCCAGCCGCACUGGCAUUGGCUCCAUCGCUCACACGCCUCGAAAUCAUCGACUCGGACAAGGUCAUCGACGUCUUGCUCACCUCGCAAACACGGCUCUCGAGCGUCACGCAGCUCAAGGUCCGAGUCAACGGCAACACCACCAGCAACGAACUGCGUCUCGUCAAGCUACUGCCGAUGGACAAGGUGACGGUCCUCGAUUUCUUUGGUCAUUAA